AUGGAGAAUGCUGAAGACCAGUCAGGAAGUUUGGGAAAUGCUGAAGAACAGUCAGAAGGUGUGGAGAACUUUGAAGACCAUUUGGAAGGAGCGGAAAACGUUGAAGACCAGUUAGGAAGUGUGGAUAAUGGUGAAAACCAGUUAGGAAGUGUGGAUAAUGGUGAAGACCAGUUAGAAAGUGUGGAUAUUGGUGAAAACCAGUUAGGAAGUGUGGAUAAUGGUGAAGACCAGUUAGGAAGUGUGGAUAAUGGUGAAGACCAGUUAGGAAGUGUGGAUAAUGGUGAAGACCAGUUAGAAGGUGUGGGAAAUGCUGAAAACCAGUUAGGUGUGGAGAACUUUGAAGACCAGUUGGGAGGCGUGGAUAACUUCGAAGACCAGUUAGGAAGUGUGGAUAAUGUUGAAGACCAGCUAGAAGUUGUGGAGAACGAUGCUGAUCAGUUAGGUGCGGAGCAUGUUGAAGACCAGUUAGAAGUUUUGGAGAACACUGAAGACCAGUUCGAAGGUGUGGGGAAUGCUGAAAACCAGUUAGGUAUGGAGAACUUUGAAGACCAUUUGGAAGAUGUAGAUAACUUUGAAGACCAGUUAGGAAGUGUGGAAAACUUUGAAGACCAGUUAGAUGUUGGGGAAAAUGCUCAAGACCAGUUAGAAGUUCUAGACCAUCCUGAAGAUUUGUUGGGCGGUCUGUGGAACGCCGGAGACCAGCUAGGAGAUUUGGAGAACGUUGAGGAGCUUUCAGGAGAUGCGGAGAACACUGGAGACCAGCUCGGGGAUGUGGAGAACGUUGAAGACCAGUUAGAAGUUGUGGAAAAUGCUGAGAACCAGUUAAAAGGUCUGGAGAGAAUGAAAGCUGCAGAUGAAAGAAUAGAAGAGCAGCAGGAUGUGCAUCUUUCACUGCAGGAUGAGCCGAGAUCAGAACCUGCAGAUGAUUUGAGCCGACAACUUGAUGCUGACGACGAAACCGGAGGAACCCUACAUACUGAGCCGGAAGAUAUUUCCCGAGUACUGUCAUCAGCCCCGCUUCCAACCUUAGUUGAAGAAAACGAUAAGGAGGAGUCAGCUAUGGAUGCGGAAGAAGAAGAAGAAUUUCUUGUUCUUGAUGCCGAACAUCCUUUGAUAGCAAAGAAGCAAGCUGCACUAAAGCAUCAACUUGUUACGGAAUUGGAACGGCUGACCAUGCAACUGCAGGAAAAGACGGCGGAUGACAAGGCAGAGUCAAGCAAAACAGAAGAAAUAUUCGUCAAGUUGUUCAGGGAACAAGAAAGACUGAAAGGACUCCAGACAAGGCUGGAGUGCCAACAACAGUCCAAGGUCUUGGCUGAGAGCAAACAUAGAGAAGUCCAGGAUCAACUGAUGGCGACCAAGGCUUGUCAUUCCAGUACCACCAAUCAGUAUAACAAGACCAAGGCCGAUGUUUCCAAGCUCCAGGCCGAACUGGACAAACUGCGCUUGCACGUCAUCUUCACACAAGCUGCCACUGCAGACCUGCGUUCCAAUGUCAAAGCCACCAAGAGCGCAACACGCAAAGUCGGAACCAAGAAGUCCCAGGCCGAAGACCAGAAACUGAAGCAGGAUAUGUAUGUGGAGCGUCUUACCAAAGAAUUGGAGAGACUGACACAAUUGAUGGAUGUGUAUGAAGCUCAGACCAACGCCCAGGCAGAGACAACACAAGCUACUCAAGAGGCUUUAUCUGAGGCUGAAAUGCAAAUGGAAUCUCUGGCGAUGGCACAGAAACAGUUGCUGCAGCAGUGGAACAGCAGCCUGCUGAGCAUGAGGAGACAAGAUGAAGAAUUUGGCACAUUGCAGGAGGCUGUACACAUAGCCGAGCAUCAGGUGAUCGUGCUGGACAGAGAGAUCGACGGCAACAAAAAAUCAAUUUCCGAGCUUCAGGAGAGGAGCGAGACGCUGACCAUGCUGCUGAACUGCUCCCAGAUGGACUGUGACGUCUCCAAAAAGAUGAUCAAUCAAAAACAGGCUCAGCAUGAAGCUCUGCAGGCCCAGUACAGCACCUACGUCCGCGCCCUGGGGGAGACGGAGCGCAUCCUCGCAGAGCUCACCAAGGACGACAAUGGUCUUCAGACUGUGUUGACUGAUCAGAGGAGAAAGCUGGAGAAAAACAAAAAUAAGCAUCUGGAGUUAGAGGAAGGUAUAAUGACCCGUAUGCUGCAAAAGCUCAUGGACAGCAAGGCUGCUCAGCACUAUCAGCGACUGACCAACAAGAAAGCCUCUCUCAAGAAAGAGAAGAUCUUCCAGCUAUGGCAUUUGGAGAGCUCCGUUAUGGCGGCCGCACUCGAGAGCAAUGUAAUCAAUGAGAAACUGGCAAACUUGUCCCGAACUCAGAAGGGGCUCGAUGAGGAGAUCACAAAGUACAACAAAGUGGUACAAUCGAACCAGACAAACAGUUCUUCUAUUGAUGCACUCAUCGCACAGAAGCAGACCACCGUCGCAAACAUAAACAAAAAAAUUGAUCUUAUUGCGGCGCGCACUGGGCAUGAAGACCUGAGUCCUCUGCAAAUUAAGGUUCAGGGAAUAAAGACUCAGAUUGAUGAAGUUUCAUCAAAAAUCAAGAAAGAUCAGCAGCUGUGGCUGAAGAAUCAAGGAAUGAUUUUGGGACUGACCCUGGAGAUACAGGAACACAGCAAAGAAUACAACAAACUGCAGGCAAAACUCACUGUGGUCCGCCAGAAGAAGAUCUACCUGGAGUGUCACCUUGAGGUCAUGUACCGCGAAGAAAGCGACAUAGAUAAGAGCAAUAAGAUGCUUCAAAGAGACCUGCUGAAGCUCAACACUCUUCUUAGCAAGAACACUCAGCUGCGUCAAGCUUUGGAACAGGAGAACAUGGUCAUGGAAACCAAAUUCCUUCAUGAACUUAAGGAGGCAGAGAGGCAGUCCAUAGAAAUGGAGGUAAAACUGGAGAAGACCCAGGAAGAAAAAAAUAAACUUCUCAGCAGUCUGGUGGAGGCUGAGCGUCAGAUCAUGCUGUGGGAAAAGAAGACCCAUCUAAUGAAAGAGACACGUUUAGUUGUGGAAGAGGGUCAGGGAGACAUCCAAAUAAUGAAGGACGACAUCCAUCGUAUGGAGCGGUGGCUCAGCCAGUUGAUGAGGCAGCGGGAGACGCUCCUCAGGGACAGCGUAGCAGUGGUGGAAAGGAGGGGAAACAUCAUAGAGCGCAACGAGGUCCUCGCUCGCAGUACAAAAAAGAUCGUUACAAAGGGUGAGCUGCAUCUCAUGAACGAUGGCUUGCGACGGAAGAUCAAAGAGACGCAAAAGCUGGUGAAAGAGUAUUCACAGGAGAUCAGGGAACUGCAGGAGGGACAUGAAGAAUUUCAGAAGAAGUCGAAGAAAAUUCAGGAAAUGACGGAAGGCACUCCGGUCGCCACAGCUUCACUUGAAGUGACUCUGCAGAGUGAGUUGGAGCUAGUCAACAAAGUCAGCGCCAUUGUUCACCGGGUGUGGACAGAGAAGCCCAAAUACCAUGGGGCCCUCUGGAAGAUUGUGCGAUCCCUGGCAGACAACAUGGACCCUGAAGUAGUUGCUCAUUGACAGGGAAGACACGAGUCGUGGCUUGAUGUUGAUGCGGAUUUAUUUCAAUGUGUUACUCUCUCUUCUGGCCCAUUUUAGA